AUGGAUGUUGCCGAGGUUGAAGAAAAUCUUUUUGCAUCAAGCGAUGCCAAGUUACAUGGAGAUAUGUGCAAGCGUCUUUCUGCAAUAUACUGCAAGAUAUUGUCAUUAUUUCCUUCUUUAGAAGCAGCUAGGCCUAGGAGCAAAUCUGGAAUUCAGGCAUUAUGUUCAUUACAUGUAGCCUUAGAAAAGGCAAAGAAUGUUCUUCGACACUGCUCAGAGUCUAGUAAACUUUACUUGGCUAUAACUGGGGAUUCUGUUCUUCUAAAAUUUGAAAAGGCUAAAUGUGCUCUUGAGGAUAGUCUUAAACGGGUGGAAGAUAUUGUUCCUCAAUCUAUUGGUUGUGAGAUUGAUGAAAUUGUGAACGAACUUGCAAGUACAGUAUUUGCACUUGACCCAUUAGAGAAGCAAGUUGGGGAUGAUCUAAUUGCGUUGCUUCAAAAGGGAAGAAAGCUUAAUGACUCUAAUGACAGUAAUGAACUUGAAUGUUUUCAUCUAGCUGCUACCUCACUUGGAAUCACUUCUUCAAGAGCAGCUCUUACAGAAAGAAGAUCUCUAAAAAAACUCAUAGAAAGAGCUCGGGUUGAGGAUGACAAGCGGAAAGAAUCAAUUAUUGCUUACCUUUUACACCUUAUGAGGAAAUAUUCCAAAUUAUUUAGAAGUGAGUUCUCUGAUGAUAAUGAUUCUCAGGGUUCUCAACCUUGUUCUCCCACUGUUCAGAGAUCUCUUGAAGAUGGCAUUCCUGGUGGUCAUUGUCAUGUCUUUGACAGACAGCUUUCAAAACUUAGUUCCUUUAAUUUUAAGCCAAAUAAUAGGGAAUCACGGCAGAUACUAAUUUUACCUGAAGAGUUACGAUGCCCAAUAUCACUGCAACUUAUGAGUGAUCCUGUUAUAAUUGCUUCUGGGCAAACAUAUGAAAGGGUUUGUAUAGAAAAAUGGUUCAGAGAUGGGCACAACACCUGCCCAAAGACUCAACAGAAACUUUCACAUCUUUCUUUGACUCCUAAUUAUUGUGUUAAGGGUCUUGUGGCUAGUUGGUGUGAACAGAAUGGAGUUCCUAUUCCUGAAGGCCCUCCUGAAUCUCUUGAUUUCAACUACUGGAGAUUGGCAUUAUCAGACACUGAAUCGACAAAUUCAAGAUCCGCAAACAGUGUUGGUUCUUGCAAGUUGAAGGGUGUCAAAGUUGUUCCUGUUGAAGAGAGUGGUAUCUCAGAGCAAAUAGCCGGGAAUUCAACUGAAAAUUUUCCUGCACAAGAGGAAGAUAAUGAGCGAUAUCUUAGUUUUCUUAAAGUCUUGUCAGAGGGGAACAAUUGGAUGAGGAAGUGCAAAGUUGUUGAACAGUUGAGGCUGUUGCUGCGGGAUGAUGAAGAAGCCAGGAUUUUUACGGGGGCUAAUGGAUUUGUUGAUGCACUUAUGCAGUUUCUGCGAUCAGCUGUGCAUGAAGGGAAUGUGACGGCUCUUGAAAAUGGGGCUAUGGCUCUGUUCAACCUGGCUGUGAAUAACAACAGAAAUAAGGAAAUUAUGAUAUCAGCAGGGAUCUUGUCGUUGUUGGAGCAAAUGAUUUCAAAAACUAGUUCCUAUGGUUGUGCGGCCGCCCUGUAUCUGAAUCUUUCUUGCCUUGAAGAAGCCAAGGACGUGAUUGGCACAAGUCCGGCUGUCCAGUUCCUUAUCCAGAUUCUUCAAGCCAAGACAGAAGUCCAGUGCAAGAUAGAUUCCCUCCAUGCACUCUAUAACCUUUCUACUGUGUCCUCCAAUAUUCCGCACCUACUUUCAUCUGGCAUCAUUGAUAGCCUACAAUCCCUUCUUGUCGACCAGGGCGAUUGCACUUUGGCAGAAAAAUGUAUAGCUGUUUUGAUAAAUUUGGCGGUUUCUCCAGCAGGAAGAGAGCAAAUGAUUUUGUCUCCCGCACUCAUAAGUUCCUUGGCUUCCACGCUUGAUACCGGUGAGCUCAUGGAGCAGGAGCAAGCUGCCUCUUGUCUCCUAAUUUUGUGUAACAGGAGUGGGGAAUGUUGUGAGAUGGUCCUGCAAGAAGGGGUUAUCCCUGCAUUGGUGUCAUUAACGGUGAAUGGAACCUCGAGAGGAAGAGAAAAGGCUCAGAAACUCUUGAUGGUCUUCCGAGAGCAGCGACAACGGGAGCAAUCACCUGUUACGACAAUCCAUCGUGAACCUGAAAGUAGUGAUUUGCCCAUGCCUCCUCCUGAAACGAAACCUUUAUGUAAAUCAAUAUCUAGAAGAAAGGUGGUAGGGAAAGCUUUUAGCUUUCUCUGGAAAAGCAAGAGCUAUUCUGUUUACCAGUGUUAA